UUUAAUGGUUCUGUUUCUCUUUUGGGGAUUGCAUUCUGGCUCAAGAUUGGCUCCAACAUAUAAAAAAUUUCUCUGAUUGGUAGUGCUGAUUCUGCUAGGCAUUUAAUGAGGAAACGCUUUCCAUUUUUCUUCUCCACCAACUUUCACACUAUGCUUGUUAUAUCUAUUUCAAGCUCCGUUUUCUCUACUUUUAUCAUAUUGUUGAGUUAAGCCUAGCUGUGAGGAGAAUUUCUCUUUUCAGUUAAAUCGUCCCCAACUAUGACCAAAUGUCUCGUGAAGCUUCUCUUAAUUUAAUUCUUUAUUUCUAGCCCAUCCUAAUUUCAUAGGUUUAGUUAUAAUAUAUGCAUGUCCAUUGAAUUAUGUGAGCUAUAAACUGAUCUUCUUUUAAUUAUUUGCUAGUUACUCUCAUUUCUUUUUUGGACGGGUUAGUCCUUGCAUUGCUAACAAGUUCAUAGAAUAGCCUGGCCCAUCCUAAGUUCAUAAGUAAUAUAGUGACUAUAGUCAUGUCUCACUGAAAAUGUGAGCUAAAAGCUUAUUUGCUUUUAAUUCUCUGCAAUUUUCCCUCUUUCUAUCUAUUGGUUGGUGUGUCCUUGAUUUGCCUUGUUGGUCUAUUUAACAGAACUUGCAGUUUUCAAAGGCCUUGCUUUCUCCUACUGAAAGAAGCCUCCACAUUCUUAGCUUUAUCUCUAGGUGUUUGAAAUGGGAAAUCCAUCAUAUUAUAGGUUGGCCAUUUUGGGAGUUGUGCUUCAGAACUUGACGAUCUGUUUGGCAGAAAAUGUCCCUGCUAAUUUUGUCUUUGGAGAUUCAUUGGUUGAUGUGGGUAACAAUAACUAUAUUGCUUCUCUUUCAAAAGCAAAUUUCUUCCCAAAUGGUAUUGAUUUUGGUGGCCCAACAGGAAGAUAUACAAAUGGAAGAACUAUAGUGGACAUUUUAGGUGAGGAAGUGGGAUUUAAUUUGACUCCUCCAUACUUAGCACCAACAACAUCUGGACCAGUGGUUCAGCAAGGUGUCAAUUAUGCUUCUGGAGGAGGAGGCAUUCUUAAUGAAUCUGGCCAAAUUUUUGGUGGAAGGAUUAACAUGGAUGCUCAAUUAGACAAUUUUGCAAACACUAGACAGGACAUAAUCACAAGAAUAGGAGAGCCAGCGACAAUAAAGUUGAUUGAGAAUUCACUCUUCUCGGUAACGAUGGGAUCAAAUGACUUUAUUAACAAUUAUCUCACGCCUGUUCUCUCCACACCUGAACAACUAACUGUACCUCCUAUGAAAUUUGUGGGAGCAGUGAUAUCCAAAUACAGAAUUCAACUAACGAGACUUUAUAAUUUGGGUGCCAGAAAAGUAAUAGUGGUGAAUGUUGGGCCUAUUGGGUGUAUCCCCUACCAAAGGGAUAUUAAUCCAUCAGCUGGAGAUAACUGCGUAAAUUUCCCAAAUGGGCUUGCGCAAUUAUACAACACCCAAUUGAGAGGGCUUGUGAGUGAACUAAAUUCCAAACUUACUGGAUCAAAGUUUGUCUAUGCAGAUGCCUACGGAAUCGUCCAAGACAUCAUUCAGAAUUACUCAUCUUAUGGAUUUGAGAAUGCAAAUUCAGCUUGCUGUUCUGGUGGUGGAAGAUUUGGGGGAAUAAUUCCAUGCGGUCCUUCAUCUAAAAUUUGUGCAAAUAGAAGCAAAUAUGUGUUCUGGGAUCCAUACCAUCCAACUGAUGCAGCUAAUAUCAUCAUAGCAAAACGCCUGCUGGACGGAAACUCUCCUGAUAUUUGGCCUAUGAAUGUCAGGCAGCUCCUUGCAUCCUCCUAAUUUCAAAAUGACUACGUUAUUUUGUUUCUCUAUCUUCAUAGGGAAUUAAACAUUUAUACAGAGGAAAAUUCGUCAUGCACUGUACUGGUCUACUGCCAAAUAAGUAGUGAAUGAGCUUAUUUAUGAUUUUUCUCUUACGUACAUAUCCUUUGUGUUCUGCUUUCACAUAGUACUCGUAAUUACUAAUAAAGUAUAGAAAAUGUCUAAUGACAA